AUGGCCUCACGAUUCUCUCUCCAGCUCCUGCGCCGCCCGGCGCAGCACUACACAGCGCGCUGUAGGGUCUCCAUAUCCCCCUCGAUACCAUGCCGCUUCUACGCCACCGCCGACAGCAGCAGCAGCAGCAGCAGCAGCAACGCACCCACCUCGGCGCCCUUUAUGGCCACGCUCAAGACGGAGCUCAAGACGGCGAUGCGCAACAAGGACACGCUCCGCCUCACUGUCCUGCGCGCCAUCAUGUCCCACAACCUCAACGCCUCCAAGACCAAGACCCCGCUCCGCACCGACGCCGACCUCGUCCUCGCCAUUAUGCGCAUGCGUCGCGCCGUCGAGGACGCCCGCGCCGAAGCGAAGCAGGUCGGGCGGGAGGACCUGGCGACCAAGGCGGACGAGGAGGUCAAGAUGUACGAGCAGAUGGAGAAGCUCAGUGGCGUCGAGGUCCUCGGCGCGCCGGAGCUCGAGCCUAUGGUCCGGGCGCAGGUCGACGCGCUCUACGAGCCGGGUGCCAAGGCGAAUGUCCUCGUCGGCAGGGUCAUGGGCAAGGUGAAGGCGGCGACGGCUGGCAAGAUCUUUGAGCCGCAGUUGCUAUCUUCCAUGGUCAAGAAGGCCAUCCAGGAGCGGGAGGAGCAGCAGGAGCAGUAG